AUGCCUGCUCGUGGGAACAGUAUGGAGGAUAAAAACCGGCUUGAGACAUUGGAAAACACAAAUGAAUCGGACAUUGGACAAAUCGGAGAUAACGGAAAUCGGAACUACAACAAUGUAUUAGGUGGCGUUAGUGAGGUCAAUAACACCCACCAGGGAGAGGGGUCAUCUGCAUCUACUGCUCUCAACCCGGGAGUACCUGCAAACAACAAGCGGAAGAGACAAACAGCAGAUGAAAAUGAUGGUCACACCAGUAAAUUGUCACGAACCUCAAGAGAAGCACUCAACAAACGAAAACGGCCAAUUGAUGAAGAUUAUGAAGAGGAUGACAGGACAAACAAAAGGUCACGAAACUCAAGACAUGUCCUAGAUCCGUAUGACGCAGAUAGUGAGCAGUCGUCCUCAGAUAGUGAGAUCGACGCUCAACUGUCAAAUACUGCUGCAGCCGCAGAAAUGCCAAUCGAGGGCAUGGCGCCAGUGUUGGAAGAUGAUGCCUUUGAUCAUCACGCUGGCGAGGCUCACUGGUUUGGUAAUUCACAAGAUGGGACAUUAUCGGAUUUCGAGAACGAUGUAUACUUGCCCAACACUGAUGCAGCCGCAGAGAUGCCAAUCGAGUACAUAGCGCCAGUGUUAGAUGAUGAUGCUUUUGAUGACCAUGCUGGUGAGGCUCACUGGUUUGGUAAUCCACAAGAUGGGACAUUAUCGGAUUUCGAGAACGAUGUAUACUUGCCCAACACUGAUGCAGCCGCAGAGAUGCCUAUCGAGGACAUGGCACCAGAGGUCGAUGAUAAUACUGCCAGUAAUGUGCCCAAUGUAAUCGCCUGGAAUUGCGACUCAACGAUUCAAGUUUCGUUUAAUUGGGAUGAUCUUGACGAAAGUCUAAGAAGUCUAAGAAGACAAACUGAAGAUGGCAAUGACAUCGUGGUAGUGCACAUCGACAUAACAAUACAUUACACAUUUGAAGAAACUGACAAUGAUGAAGACGACGACAUUGAUGAAGACGACGACAUUGAUGAAAACGACGACACUGAUGAAAACGACGACACUGAUGAAGACUACGACAAUAAUGGAGACGACGACGAUGGAGACUGCGACACUGAUGAAGACUACGACACUGAUGAAGACUACGACAAUGAUGGAGACUACGACAAUAAUAGAGACGACGAUGAUGAAGACAACGAUGACAAUAGUGACACAUACGACAGCAGUGGUGAUAACACGGACGACAGAAAUGGCACAGACGACAGCAGCUCUUCAGAAUGGAUAAGCUCUGAUGACUCUGGGUAUCAGAUUUCCAUUCCAGACACUAUUUCGUCCGUCAGUACACUGUCUGACCUUUUCGACGACGAAGACGAUGAAGAUGACACCAGCGGAUAUGCAUCAUUAUAG